GUGCCACGGCAGCGGCGGCGCCGGGAGGAGGUGCCGGCAGUGCGCGCGCGGGCCGGGAUGGAGCCUCAUGUGCUGCCUCAUUAGCUAUUAAACGUUGUGGAAUACAUCUACAAGAAGAAAUUCAAGGUCUUCUGAGGGACACCGAAGCGAGCAAUGUCUUUAAACCAUGAGGAAGUGCAGGGUGUAUGGAUAGACCCAGUACUGUGAAUGCUGGCACCGAUGCGAUUAUAUACACUGUCCAAAAGGCAUUUUGUUCUGGUCUUUGUAGUAUUCUUUGUUUGUUUUGGUCUGACAGUCUUCAUAGGAAUAGCAGGUCCUAAUGUAAUUGAAACUUCUGUAGCAAGAACAGACUUAAAUAACAGCCUAAAGCUGAAGCCAUUUAAUUUGAGUUCUCCACCGCUGUCAACUUACAAUCAGCAGCUGUGGCUGACCUGCGUAGUUGAGUUGGAUCAGCAUGAUGUAUCCCUCAAAAAGAAUGUUACUAUGACAGUCAAAGUACUUGGAGUGGUGAAGGAUGGAAGCACACCAUAUGUUAAUAAUCAAGUUCACAAUCGAACAAGAUUACUCAGUUGUGCACAAAAAUGCAGUGAAAUCAUUGUUGCUCACCUUGGCUACCUGAACUACACUCAGUACAACAUAUUUGUUAGCUUUGAAGAUCUAAACAAGUUAACAUACACUAUCCAGAAUAUUACUUUCACAUGGAAGACCUACAAUCCAACUUUUUCGCAAGUGGAAAUAUGGUUCCGAUUUGUCUUUGUAGUUCUUACUUUUAUGGUCACGUGUCUGUUUGCACAUUCUCUGCGGAAAUUCUCCAUGAGAGAUUGGGGUAUUGAACAGAAAUGGAUGUCCAUCCUACUUCCGCUCUUACUACUUUACAAUGAUCCAUUUUUCCCCCUUUCUUUUCUGGUCAACAGCUGGUUUCCUGGAAUGCUGGAUGAUCUAUUCCAGUCACUGUUUCUGUGUGCGUUGUUGUUGUUCUGGCUUUGUGUCUACCAUGGUAUAAGAGUACAGGGGGAAAGGAAGUGCUUAACUUUCUAUCUGCCCAAAUUCUUUAUUGUUGGACUAUUGUGGCUGGCCUCUGUUACACUGGGAAUAUGGCAAACCGUUAAUGAAGUACAUGAUCCUACAUAUCAAUACAGGGUUGACACAGGCAAUUUUCAGGGAAUGAAGAUCUUCUUCCUUGUAGUGGCAACCACAUACGUUCUCUACCUUUUGUUCCUGAUAGUGAGGGCAUGCUCAGAACUUCGAAACAUGCCUUAUGUUGAUCUCAGGUUAAAAUUCUUGACUGCAUUAACAUUUGUAGUGCUUGUUAUUAGCAUCGUUAUACUCUACCUACGCUUUGGAGCACAGGUUCUACAGGAUAACUUUGUUGCUGAGCUGUCGACUCAUUAUCAGAAUUCAGCAGAAUUCUUAUCAUUUUAUGGUUUACUGAACUUUUAUCUCUACACAUUAGCCUUCGUGUAUUCCCCCUCGAAGAAUGCACUAUAUGAAUCACAGUUGAAAGACAAUCCUGCUUUUUCUAUGCUGAAUGAUUCCGAUGAUGAUGUGAUUUAUGGGAGUGACUAUGAAGAAAUGCCACUUCAAAACGGCCAAGCUAUUAGAGCCAAGUAUAAAGAGGAAUCAGACAGUGAUUGAUUGAUUGAUUUUGAUGCAGACAGACUUGUUCAGCUGGAAUUAAGCCAAUUUUGAAGUUUUCCUAGAUGGACAUCUUCCUUGGCUUCCUUACAGUCUGCUGUCAUUUUAACACCAACUCCCGGGAAGGACAUCCUGCUUCUGUUUCUGUUUACAGAGUUAAAACUGAGAAAACGAAUGCUUGAAAUGGUUGGGGUGAAAACUUAAGAAACCAAAAUUUUUAUAUGUCUUAUAAAAUGCUUGAUACAGGAUGUCUGUGAACUAAAAUCUUUAAGUCUAUUUCCAUUUCAAAGUCUCACGAAUUAUAUACUGAGUUGCGAAUUGCUUCCUUGCUGCUUGGUUUUGGUGGGUUUUGUUUGGUUGGUUUUUGUUUUGUUUUGGUUUUUUUUAGGAUGAUGUACAGCAUACUGCCAUUCAUCUGUUAUAUUUGCAUUAGCUGCUGUGUAUAUUGUCCACUGCUGUAUGAAGUUCCUCAUUUCCCUUUCAAUUUUCUACCUUAGUCUUUUGAGCUGGAGGCAGGGAAUGAACUAGUCUUUUUUUUUUUUUCAUUAAUACAAGAAAACACAGGCUUUCUUUUCUUCCUUUGAAUAAGUGAUACAGACUUAAGACCAUUUUUUAAUAAGUUUACUGGAUUUGUAGGCGCAAGCUAGUCAAGUUCUUGUGAGCCAAAAUAGUCUCAGUGGUGCAAAAUUAUUUGUAUAAUGUAUGUUUCCUGACAUCCUUUACUGCCACAACAGAAGUGUCUAUUGUUUUUUCUUAGAACAUCCCUUUCAAACUGAAAUAUUUCAGCAACAGCAAAUCUCAGAAGGAGGCCUGUACUUUUCUUCUUGCUCUUUUUGUAUACUGGAGGAGACUGUUGCACUUACAGAGAAUACAGUAUGAAAGUUUCAUAAGUAAUUGCAAUUUCAAAUUUCCAAACAUUUCACUUUUACAGAUUUUUUUUUCUACAUCAGAAUUUUUCCUUAAGUUGUAUUAGGGAAUAGUUAAUCUACAUCCUAGGAACAACUGUGGUUCUCAUGUACUGAAUGGGCCUGAGAGUUAGCUUGUGAGCAUGUUCUGUGCAUAGUUCAGCUGCUUUGUCAUACCACAGUCACCACCUGUACUGAGGGGAACUUUUUUAGCACAUUUUGUGAUUAUUUGUAUUCCAGUCUGUGCUGGAACAAAGUUAUAUGGGAAUUAAGUAUUCCAUGUACAAUGCUGCUGCUCUAUUUAGAAGUUGGUUUUCUCCUACACUACUGUUCAGUUCUUUAUUUAAGUGGGUGCUGUUUGUUUUUUAUAAAUGCUUUUGUUCUCAGAUACUUGGCCUGUCUAAAAGUAUCUCUUUUUCUUAUGGAUUUGUAACUGAGAUUUACUCCUGUAAAAUUUCUCUGCCCUGCUGCUACAGAAGGCUCUCAAAAGCACUGUUCAUGUAUUAGAAUAUGGUGCCGGGUUGCACUAGAAAAUUGUGCUCAUCGCUGAAGUAUUUAAAGCAGAAUAGUGCAAUGAAGUCCUGCUAGACUUGCUGAAUCAUAUUGGGGAGAAAAUAGAUUUGUUCUGCUUUGGUGCAACAACUGCUCUAGACCAUUCCCAUUGCAAUAACCUUUUGGUUCAAGAUCAUGAAGGGGAGACUUCACAGGGCAGCAAUUCAGUUAGGGGGGACCAAAGGAACUGCUUCAUGUGGUUGCAUCCUUGUUAUCAUAGAAUAGUUCAGAUUAAAUCAGUGCUCUGCUAAAGACGUGUACUGAGACAUUGUGUGUGUGUGUGUGAGAGAGAGAGAGAGAACUUUCUACAAUUAUGGAGAGCUGUGAAAUUUUUGAGAGUAUCUGAAAUUUAAAACUUUCUGCGCCAGGGAUCGUUUAUUUGUUAGAAGCCAAAGCACUGCUGUAUGGCAAAAGCAAGGAAACUGCUGGGGGAGGAGGUUUUUCCCUUUAAUUUCUUAAUUGGUCUUACUUCAGAAGAACAUAUAGGAAAACAUUCAAGAAGUAUUUCAAGUUAUGGGUGGUUUUCUUUCCAGUGAACUAUUGUAAGCUCUUCCUCCAGCACUUCCUUUUAGACUUUUUUUAACAAGUAUGGGAGAUGCUCUGUAUCCUAAAAUUAGAGAGCCCAUUCUCAUUUUUACUCUUCCUGAGGCCUACAGCUAUUUGAAUUUGCAGAGUCAGGUUUGGGAGCCAACUUGGAUUGUUUGCAUACCCCAAAUCCUUUUGAGUUCCAUUAGAGUAACAGUGGGUACAGAAAAGUAGGUCUUCAAAAACUGAUAUUUACGUGAUACUUAUAUAUUCAGAUAUUUUUUCUCUGAUACUGUUUAAUUCACUCUGUUUAAUUACUGUUUAAUUGUUCUGAAGAGAGAAAAUUUGACCAAUGUGCAAAGUGCACUAAUGUUUCUUAUACAGUCUGAACUGGUUGUUACAGUUAACUCUGAAAUAGUGUCAUGCUUUGGGAUUUCAUUAACUAAAGAAUGUAUUUAUAAUCUACGUUUGAGGUUUUUUUUUUCUAAGUUGUUCUCAGCCCAUUUCUCUUGCUGUUUUGUUUGCAUUAACUUUACUACAUCACUACAUUCAAAGUGGCAAUAGAAAAGUGAAGAAUGGGAAAUUGUGCUUAAAGCAAGUUUCUCACUAUGAAAAUAGUGAGAAAAUAGUUUCCGUGUUAAUUUUUUGAGAUUCUAUUUAAGCAAUGUUUGCCAUGCCAGUUAGCUUUAUAUUUUGAAAGUGCUAGUGUUAUGGUAAGCUCGGUUGAAGCACUGUCGCAUCAAAUUCAAUUUACAGUAAGAUGACAAAAGCAGUGAAGCAGUUUUAAAGAACUAGUUUUGGUAGCAAGAAAUCUCAAUUUGACUCCUUGUAUUUCCAUGAUCGGAAAGCAGAGACGGUAUUUGAAGAAUGCUACAAUAUGGAUUGAAAACAGCUUGGAAAUAGGUGGUAUAAAUUCACCUCUGAGUAUUGUAACCUAAGGGUGAAACAGAAGAAAUCUGGGUAAGAAACUAGCCAGGUUUUCCUUUCACUACUGCUAAAGUAAUUAUCUCCAUCAUGAGUGGAACUGUAUAACACGAGAAAAGUACACAAAAAGGCCCACAGCAUCCAGUGAUCCUGCUCUAAGGAGAGGCUAUUUAUUAAAUAACUGCAAGACUUUCACCUACACCAUGAUCACAAGGGACUUUUAAGAAUCAAUCGAGUGUGAGUCAUUCAUAGCAACUAUUUUCUGUAGUAUUUGCUUUAAAAAUACAGUUGAUGUUGGAAUUGGAAUUGGUUGGAAACUUUCCUACAAGUGGCAAAGAAGAGGAAGCCUAAGGUUUAACACCAGUGAGACACAGUUAGUGCAUUGAACCUCUCAUUCCAAUACUGGGGAGAAUGGUUCCAGCUAGGAAAGACUUUGAUCUGUUGUCUCUGAGCCAAAUGACAACUUUUUAUCCAUAGUUUCCCCACCUAUUUCCUUUUGCUUAUGCCAGUAAUAACCUUUGCAUUACUGUAAAACUUUUUUUAGAAGUUUGUAAAUAUGUAAAAUGAAAAUAUGGAAAAAUUGUGUACCAAAAUGGUAUAAAAAUGUGUAAGAUAAAUGCUCUGUUUAAUGAGAAGCUGUAAUUAAAUGCUGCUUUGAGAAAGUGUGCAUGAGGAUGUGUUAAAUAUUCUGUGUAUCCAGAAGUUGUACUGGUAACAGCAAAUAUCCAUUUAUGUUGUAAAACUUAAUGCUAAUAUGGAAAAUGAAGGAAAACUGAAUAUUUUACUUAAAGUUUCUUGGAAGAAUUCAUGUGCAUAAUCAUUGUUAAAUAUGUUCAUAAUAAAGUUUUAUACCUUUAUAUUGUA